UAUAAUAAAACGUUUGUGUCGAGUGUGUCUCUUUUGAAAGGAGCCUAUUUGAGAAAUGACGUUUUUCUCUUUGAAGCAGCUGGAAGUGAUGUUUCGUAGUUUGACAUAUCGAUAUUUGACGAAUAACAUAAUAAUAAAAUAAAAUUCGUAAAAGUAUAUCGUAAUUUAUAGUAUAACAGCAAUAAUGAUAUAUGAUAUUUCAUAAACAACCAACAGAGUCAUGAUGUUCAAACAUUUAAGGCGUAGUUUCAUGGUGACGUUAAAGCUUAUUUUUAACGAUAAAUAGGUUACGUAAUCAAAAUUAAUGAAUAGUAAGCGUCAAUUUUGAUUACGUGACCCGUUUUGCUGCUCAUUAUAAUGACCGUCGAGUGUGCAUGAAAAGGCGAGAUAAGUUGCCUUUGUGCGUAGUAGCUACGCAGAUGAAAGCGUGGAGGAAAACAUUUCUGACUGUAGACAUGACGUCAAGUACUCACGAGGAAAUCAUCUGUGGGGAAUCGUCAAUGGAAGCCCAUAUGUUGAAGAUUUUAUGUGUGGGACGCGUUUGCCUUGACAUUAUUCAUGUGUGCAUGCAAUUUCCUUCGGAAGAUUCCACUCAAAGAUCUACUGAUUACAGAUGGCAAAGAGGGGGCAAUGCAUCCAAUACUUGUACUGUACUAUCAUUAAUAGGACAACCGUGUGAGCUUCUGGCAUGCUUGAGCGCAGACGAACAUAUUAAUUUUCUGCAAAACGAUCUGCACAAGUAUAAAAUUGACUAUUCCCAUUGUCCUAUGAUAAAUGGCAUUGGAUGCCCCGUCUCAAGUAUUAUAUUGAGUUUGGACACUGGAUCUCGCACAAUUAUUCAUCAUAAUUGUUUACCCGAAUUAACGUUAAAGAAUUUCGAGCAACUUAAUUUAGAGGAAUAUAGUUGGAUUCAUUUUGAGGGAAGGCAUAUAGAUGUAGUGCUACUUAUGAUACAACGUAUAGAUAAUUAUAAUAAUUCAUUAAAUUGUGAUCUCGCUGUCAAAAACCGCAUGCCAAUUACAAUUAGUGUAGAAUUAGAAAGUCCCAGAUCAGGUUCCAGGAUAUUGAAUCUAUUGUCGUACGUUGACGUAGCAUUUAUAGCAAAAGAAUUCGCUGAGUAUCUGGGUUUUAGUAAUAUGAACGAAGUGAUACAUAACAUCGGCCAAGAUUCUAAAGGAGCUAUUAUUUGUGCUUGGUCGGAGGAAGGUGCAAUCGCUCGUACUCCAUGCGGCUCAAUAGUGCAAUCGCCAGCUUUCCCACCUCGAAAGGUAAUCGAUACUUUAGGUGCAGGUGAUACAUUUAAUGCUGCUGCUCUGUAUUAUUUGAACAAAAGCAAAGUUGAAUUUAUGCACAAAUAUAAAGAAGAAGCAGCUUGUACGAAUGAUAAUCAAAUGAAGGAUGCCUCUGAUAAUAAUACUGCAAUUAAACGAGAUGUUAAGGAAAAUUUAGAUAUAAGAAGUUCGGAGUACAAUCGAGCAAAAUUUAUUAAUGAAACAGUUCUACAACAGGCUAUUAAAUUUGCAUGCUGCAUUGCUGGUGCAAAAGUAGGAUUGAGAGGAUACGAUUGUCUUGACAUAAUUUCUAGUGACAUUUUACGAUCGAAUUUUUCAGAAAAUUAGUAGAAUAUAUUUUUGAGAUUUUUAAUUUAGGCUUAUAAAC